UGGCCUCUAGCGGUGUGUACAGGACGUGCAGCGGCGGCUGAACACCACUUCACGUCGGCUACGGGAUCCAUAUGCUUGUCAGAGCAAGGCUUAACAAAGCAAUGGGGACUUCAGCAAACGUGCUGCUGAGAGUCUAAAAACACGCCAGUGACUAAAACGCGCCGAGACAGAACCCCCGCACACGUUAUCAGCGUUUCCUCGGCGGCGGAGAAGCUUUGACAACUCCAGCGAGAAGAAGCGAUGGAUCCGAGAGACACAGCCCCUGAUUCGUGGGAGCUGGAGGUGGACAUCGAGGCCCCGGCUGCCGCGGCGGGACUUCCGAGCGCCUUCGCCGCGCUCAACGUCAACGCCAAGCCGUUCGUGCCCAACGUCAACGCCCCGGUGUUUGUGCCGAGCUUCCUCCAAAGCAGCGCUGAGGAAAUGCCGGCGUCAGACGCCCCAAUGGAGAACGGAGGCACCGAGGCCGACAUGACCACAGAGGAGGAGACUUGGGAGCAGAAAGAGGAGCCGGGAGGAGGCGGAGGAGGCGGAGGACAGGACGACCUGGAGUCAGGAGGAGCGUGCGAGGAGGAGGACGCCACGAGAAAAGAAGAUGAGGAGAUGAUGGAGGAGGAAGAGGAGGAAAUGCCUGUACCUAAAGUGGCUCCGGUACCACCUGAUGCCCCCAAGAAAGAACAUGUUAAUGUGGUGUUCAUCGGUCACGUGGAUGCUGGAAAAUCGACCAUCGGAGGACAGAUAAUGUACUUGACUGGAAUGGUGGACAAGAGAACCCUGGAAAAAUAUGAAAGAGAAGCAAAAGAAAAGAACAGGGAGACAUGGUACCUGUCGUGGGCACUGGACACAAACCAGGAGGAGAGAGAUAAAGGGAAGACGGUGGAGGUCGGGAGAGCUUACUUUGAAACGGAGAAAAAACAUUUCACCAUCCUCGAUGCCCCCGGACACAAGAGCUUUGUCCCCAACAUGAUUGGUGGAGCGUCACAGGCUGACCUGGCAGUGCUGGUGAUUUCUGCGAGAAAGGGCGAGUUCGAGACCGGCUUUGAGAAGGGCGGGCAAACCCGGGAACACGCCAUGCUGGCUAAGACGGCAGGAGUCAAGCAUCUCAUUGUCCUGAUUAACAAGAUGGACGACCCCACUGUCAACUGGAGCCUGGAGAGGUAUGAGGAAUGUAAGGAGAAGCUGGUGCCAUUUUUAAAGAAAGUGGGCUUCAAUCCUAAGAAGGACAUCCACUUUAUGCCUUGUUCUGGACUCACAGGUGCCAAUCUCAAGGAUCUUAUACCCGAUUGCACCUGGUACACAGGUUUGCCAUUUAUUGCCCAUCUGGACAGUUUGCCAAUCUUCACCAGAUCCAGCGAUGGACCAGUCAGACUACCUAUCGUGGACAAGUACAAGGACAUGGGCACGGUCAUUCUCGGGAAACUGGAGUCUGGAUCCAUCAGUAAAGCCCAGCAGUUGGUCAUGAUGCCAAACAGGCACACGGUGGAGGUGCUGAGCCUGCUGAGCGAUGACGUGGAGACCGAUGAUGCCGUCCCAGGGGAGAAUCUGAAGUUGAGGCUGAAGGGCAUCGAGGAGGAAGAAAUCCUGCCUGGUUUUAUCCUGUGUAGCCCCGACAACCUCUGCCACUCUGGUCGCACCUUUGACGCACAGAUCGUCAUCAUUGAGCACAAAUCAAUAAUUUGCCCCGGUUACAAUGCAGUCCUUCACAUCCACACGUGCAUUGAAGAAGUGCAAAUCACGGCCUUAAUCUGCCUGGUGGACAAGAAAACCGGGGAGAAGAGCAAAACACGACCACGUUUUGUUAAACAGGACCAGGUGUGUAUCGCCAGGCUCCGGGCGGCAGGAGUCAUCUGCUUAGAGACUUUCAAAGACUUCCCUCAAAUGGGACGAUUCACGCUGCGGGAUGAAGGCAAAACUAUUGCCAUUGGCAAAGUGCUGAAGCUGGUGCCAGAAAAGGACUAAAU